UCCUCUAACUUGUACUGUUAUAAAUUGAUCCAUAUAUUUCAUUAUGGAAUGCACAUCUCUUCAAUAAAUAAAAUACUCUAUUAGUUAAGUUAUCAUCGAUCGAUCUACAGAAUGGCGAGCAGUAGUUGCAACAAGUCUUUCUGCAGCAAUUAUAUGCUUCUAAAGCCAGAAGAAUGUAGUGUAUUAGAUUUGGCACGAAUAUUGUUUUCCAGUAAUAAAAAUAUGGGACAAAAAGAUUUCGUAGAUUGCCCUGACGAAGAAAUGACUAAGGAACCUUUGUCACGUAGAUGGGUUAUUUUUAUUUCCAUUCUAGUCCAGAAGGUUUUACUCGCAACUGCAAAACCUUUGGCAGGGUUCGGCAAUGCAAUUGAGUACUGGCUUAACCUUCAAAACGUCAAUGGCGGCUUCUUCCGCCUUGUUUUCAACUCCUUAACAGGUAAAGCUGUAGUACCGGAUAAGGAAUCAGCGUCCUACUUGUCAUUUAUUGGAAAUUUGGAUAAAAGAGUUGACCUGGAUUUUACUGACGUUGUUGAAGAAGUUGGAGGACGUAGAAGAUACGAUGAGGCAAUCAGCAUGAUGGCUGCAAAAGCAGCUUACGAGAACAAAGCAUGUAUUGAAACUACCGUCAACGAUCACUGGAAGAUGGAUCUGGUGGACUCCUUUGACUUCUGGAAUGAUUAUCAAGAGAAAUCUACAACACAAGCAUUCGUGCUUCAAGAUAAAAACGUGGACCCAGAGCUGAUUGUUGUGGCAUUUAGAGGAACAGAAUUCUUCAAUUCUGAUGAUUGGAUCUCCGACUUUAAUCUCUCUUGGUAUGACAUUCCCGGCAUGGGCAAAGUCCAUGCCGGAUUUAUGAAAGCUCUCGGGUUACAAAAGAGCCUCGGAUGGCCCAAAGAUAUUGUACCAACUGAUAAUAAUAAUCAGCCAUCUCCAGCCUAUUAUUUCCUAAGAAAAUUACUCAAACAACUCCUGGAGAAAAAUGAAAAGGCAAGGUUUGUAGUUACUGGUCACAGCUUAGGUGGAGCACUUGCAAUUUUAUUUCCAGCAAUAUUGGCAUUCCAUGAGGAAUCUUGGCUGUUGAAAAGAUUAGGGGGUGUUUAUACAUUUGGGCAACCAAGAGUUGGAGAUGAAAAAUUUGUUGAAUAUAUGAAGGGGCAAUUAACAAAACAUGAGGUUCCAUACUAUAGGGUUGUCUACAGCAAUGACAUGGUACCACGAUUGCCAUAUGAUAAUUCUACUUUCAUGUUCAAGCACUUUGGAACUUGCAUCUAUUACAAUAGCCUCUACAGAGAAAAAAUUUUAGGUGAAGAACCAGACAAGAAUGGGUUGGGUGUUUUACUGUUUAUACCAAAGAUGCUAAAUGCAGGUUGGGAGCUAAUUAGAAGCUGUAUUCUACCAUGUGUAAACGGAGGGAAGUAUAAGGAAGGCGGACUUCUUGUAUUCAUGAGAGUGGUAGGCUUGUUACUCCCCGGCAUACCUGCUCAUUGUCCUCAGGAUUAUGUUAACGCUACCAGGCUCGGAUCAUCUGAUCACUCUUAUGCCACUGAAAAUGUUGCAAAGUAUCAAAAGAUUGGCAUAGAACCAGCAUAAUUAUGAAUUAAUUAGUGAGUGUGUGCCUUCCCAUGUACAACUGUGUGCCUUCCUAUGAAUUAAUUAAAGAAAGAAAAGAUCUAAAUCUCUACUGUACGACUAA